GCCCUAGGCAUCGCCUAUUACAGACUUGGAGAUUUCCGGAAAGCCAUAGAGUACCAUCAACGAUACCUUAAAAUUUCGAAAGAAGGGGGAGACAAGGCAGGAGAAGGAGGAGCGUACUGUAAUCUUGGCGUCGCCUAUAGAAAUCUUGGAGAUUUCCAGAAAGCCAUAGAGUACCAUGAACGACACCUCAAAAUUUCGAAAGAAGUGGAAGACAGAGCAGGGGAGGGAAGAGCGUACGGUAAUCUUGGCAACGCCUAUCACAGUCUUGGAGAUUUCCAGAAGGCCAUGGAGUACCAUGAACGAGACCUCAAAAUUUCGAAAGAAGUGGAAGACAGAGCAGGGGAGGGAAGAGCGUACUGUAAUCUUGGCAACGCCUAUCACAGUCUUGGAGAUUUCCAGAAAGCCAUAGAGUACCAUGAACGAGACCUCAAAAUUUCGAAAGAAGUGGGAGACAGGGCAGGACAAGGAAGAGCGUACUGUAAUCUUGGCAACGCUUAUGAAAGUCUUGGUGAUUUCCACAAAGCCAUAGAGUACCAUGAACGACACCUCAAAAUUUGGACAGAAGUGGGAGACAGGGCAAGAGAAGGAACAGCGUAUGGGAAUCUUGGCGUCGCCUAUAGAGAUCUUGGAGAUUUCCAAAAAGCCAUAGAGUACCAUGAACGAGACCUCAAAAUUUCGAAAGAAGUGGGAGACAGGGCAGGACAAGGAAGAGCGUACUGUAAUCUUGGCAACGCUUAUGAAAGUCUUGGUGAUUUCCACAAAGCCAUAGAGUACCAUGAACGACACCUCAAAAUUUGGACAGAAGUGGGAGACAGGGCAAGAGAAGGAACAGCGUAUGGGAAUCUUGGCGUCGCCUAUAGAGAUCUUGGAGAUUUCCAAAAAGCCAUAGAGUACCAUGAACGAGACCUCAAAAUUUCGAAAGAAGUGGGAGACAGGGCGGGACAAGGAAGAGCGUACUGUAAUCUUGGCAACGCCUAUUACAGUCUUGGAGAUUUUCAGAAAGCCAUAGAGUACCAUGAACGACACCUCAAAAUUUGGAGAGAAGUGGGAGACAGGGCAAGAGAAGGAACAGCGAACGGUAAUCUUGGCGUCGCCUAUAAAAAUCUUGGAGAUUUCCAGAAAGCCAUAGAGUACCAUGAACGAGACCUCAAAAUUUCAAAAGAAGUGGGAGACAGGGCAGGACAAGGAAGAGCGUACUGUAAUCUUGGCAACGCCUAUGAAAGUCUUGGAGAUUUCCAGAACUCCAUAGAGUACCAUGAGCGACACCUCAAAAUUUCGAAAGAAGUGGGAGACAGAGCAGGGGAAGGAACAGCGUACGGCAAUCUUGGCGUCGCCUAUAGAGAUCUUGGAGAUUUCCGGAAAGCCAUAGAGUACCAUGAACGACACCUAAAAAUUUCGAAAGAAGUGGGAGACAGGGCAGGACAAGGAAGAGCGUACUGUAAUCUUGGCAACGCCUAUGAAAGUCUUGGAGAUUUCCAGAAAGCCAUAGGGUACCAAGAGCGACACCUCAAAAUUUCGAAAGAAGUGGGAGACAGAGCAGGGGAAGGAAGAGCGUACGGUAAUCUUGGCAACGCCUAUCACAGUCUUGGAGAUUUCCAGAAAGCCAUGGAGUACCAUGAACGAGACCUCAAAAUUUCGAAAGAAGUGGGAGACAGGGGAGGACAAAGAAGAGCGUACUGUAAUCUUGGCAACGCCUAUGAAAGUCUUGGAGAUUUCCAGAAAGCCAUAGGGUACCAAGAGCGACACCUCAAAAUUUCGAAAGAAGUGGGAGACAGAGCAGGGGAAGGAAGAGCGUACGGUAAUCUUGGCGCCACCUAUAAUUGUCUUGGAGAUUUCCAGAAAGCCAUCGAGUACCAUGAACGACACCUCAAAAUUUCGAAGGAAGUUGGGGACAGGGCAGAACAAGGUAGAGGGUACUGUAAUCUUGGCAACGCCUAUGAAAGUCUUGGAGAUUUCCAGAAAGCCAUAGAGUACCAUGAACGAAGCCUCAAAAUUUGGACAAAAGUGGGAGACAGGGCAAGAGAAGGAGCAGCGUACGGUAAUCUUGGCGUCGCCUAUAGAGAUCUUGGAGAUUUCCAGAAAGCCAUAGAGUACCAUGAACGAGACCUCAAAAUUUCGAAAGAAGUGGGAGACAGGGCAGGACAAGGAAGAGCGUACUGCAAUCUUGGCAACGCCUAUGAAAAUCUUAGAGAUUUUCAGAAAGCCAUAGAGUACCAUGAACGAAGCCUCAAAAUUUGCACAGAAGUGGGAGACAGGGCAAGAGAAGGAACAGCGUACGGUAAUCUUGGCGUCGCCUAUAUUGAUCUUGGAGAUUUCCAGAAAGCCAUAGACUACCACCAACGACACCUCAAAAUUUCGAAAGAAGUGGGAGACAGGGCAGGCGAAGGACGAGCUUACGGUAAUCUUGGCAACGCCUAUGAAAGUGUUGGAGAUUUCCAGAAAGCCGUUCAGUAUUAUAAGAACAGUGUUAUAGCCUUCGACCACAUUAGGGGAAAUCUCAUAUCUAAAGACGAAUGGAAGAUUAGCCUUAAAAAUACGUAUGAUCAUAUUAAUUUGAGGCUGUGGGAGCUGCAGUUUAAGGAAGGUAAAGUCAUUGAGGCACUUUUAACUGCUGAUCAAGGACGUGCACAAGCUUUAAACGAUCUUCUGGAGUUGAAGUAUGGCCUUAAGGGGCUACGCCCAGAAAUAGGAACACUUUGUGCAAGACCAAGUGACUUUGCUAGUUAUUUACCACCAAAUACAGCAUUCAUGGGUAUCAUCAAGGGAGGAAUAGUUCUCUGGGUGAACGAGAAAGGAAAAGAAAUCAAAACUAGAAGAAGCCAGAUCGAUAUCUCCGUCACAACCGAUUUCCAAUCUCUGUUGGAAACUACACAUAAAGAAAUAGGUGUGAGAGCUGAUGUUAACUGUGAAGAUCGCUCAUUAAGUAACCCAAGCGAUAAAAAGUUAGCAGAAGAAAGAUCCAGCGAGCCAAAGUCUAGUCCUUCAUAUUUUCAGACUAAGUCAUUACAAACAUUUUACAAUGUGGUUGUAGACCCUAUAAGAGACUUGCUCCAUAGCGAUGAGGUUGUGAUUGUUCCACAAGGACCUCUGUGUUUGGCCCCCUAUGCUGCUUUCAUGGACUUGAAAUCAAAGUACCUCUGUGAAACUUUCAGAAUUCGUCUGGUUCCUUCACUUUCCAGUCUUCGAUUAAUCCAAAAUUGUCCAGCAGAUUGGCACAGUAAGACUGGCGCCCUUCUCGUCGGCGAUCCGUGGGUACAGGAGGUAGUUUAUGAAGGAAUGACGCUGGGGCAGUUACAGUGGGCCGAAAAGGAAGUGCAGAUGAUUGGGGAAAUACUUCAAACUGAACCUCUCGUUGGAAAGCAGGCAACAAAAGAUGAAGUCUUAACACGUAUCUCCUCGGUUGCUUUGGUGCACAUUGCUGCUCACGGUAAAAUGGAAACAGGGGAAAUUGCCUUGGCCCCUAACACAACGCGUUCAUCCGUAAAUCCAGCCAGGGAGGACUAUCUCUUAUCUAUGAAAGAUGUUUUAAAAGCGAAGAUUAGGGCAAGACUUGUUGUACUUAGUUGUUGUCAUAGUGCUUGGGGAGAAGUCAAAUCUGAGGGUGUUGUCGGCAUCGCACGGGCGUUUUUGGGUGCUGGUGCUCGCUCGGUUCUGGUGUCCUUGUGGGCGAUCGACGACGAAGCUACUAUGGAGUUCAUGAAAGUUUUCUACAAACAACUAGUCCAUGGACAAAGUGCCAGUGAAGCUCUGAAUGACGCCAUGAAAUCUAUGAGAGAAUCUGACCGCUUUAAUGCAGUGAAGUACUGGGCGCCGUUUGUUCUCAUUGGUGACGACGUAACGCUCGAGUUUGAGGGCAACCAAUAAAUAGCAAGGUAUUUUGGGAUAUAUAUUAAAACCUUGGAUCAUAUUACGUUCUUUAGGAAAGGAAAUUUUAACAAGGAAUUAUUUCUGCCAUAUUUGAUUGAGCAAUCAAUCAGAGGAUUUAUGGUAUGCAAGUUUCUUUAAAUCUACCAUGAGUCUAACCAUUGGUCGAAGUUACCAGUUUUAAAAAUGUGACCCAUUACUCUAAUAGGUUUAGUGCGUGUUCGAUUCACCGGAUUCCGCGUCUCAAAAAUAAAUGGAAUAAACUCGCUAGAAAUCACUUGUUUUGUGUUUCAUUAGUAUUGCAAUAUCUACAAAACUGCUUGAAAUAAAGUAUUCUGAUCUAUAUAUAUCUAAAAUGGUUCAAAAUUGCAGUAUAGAAGUGAAAUACGACCAAUCAAGCGCACUCUUUGAAGUCAGUUGUCAAAAUGUUAUGCCUACCUAGAUGAAAUCACUAUCCUUUUCUUUUGUUAGCUUGCUAACGUUGCUUUUUGCUUUUGUUGUUGUUGGAUAGGUAUGAUGAAGAAUGCGGUGAAGCAGUUCCUAGCUAUCUGAAGUUGAAGUCAGUUCCUAAUUUGUGUCACAAUUACGAGGUGGAGCGUUCCUCCCAAGAAUAGGAACACUUUACCCAGAAGAGAACAUUAUAUGCUGUUAAUAAAUAAGUUGAGGCUUUACGUAGUCUGGAAAUUACAGUGUAGGUUUCGUAGCUUAUUUUGCGACCAGUCGUGUGCACUUAAAACUUGUUUUAUAGUCACCUAAAAAAUGUCAGGAAUCAAUGGUCAAUUUCGGUUAUUUUCAUUGAUACAACAUGGGACAGAGGCACUUUAGAGUAGCAAUUUAAUAUGCAGUGAAACCUCUAUUAAGCGGACCCCCAAUUAAGUGGACGCCCUCUAUUGAAGGGACACUAAGUCAGGUCCCGAAAUUAACGCCUUAUAUUUCCCCUUAUAACGAACCCCUAUUCAGCGGACCCCUCUAUUAAGCGGACGCGGACACUAAAAUAAGGUGUAUUUUGCUAAUUUCUAUUGUUAAAAACCUCUAUUAAGCGGACGCAGGACUGAAUUGACAAUAGUAGUAUUGGAUUACGUCCUUGAAAUAGGGACUGAAGUCAGUUAAUGUGUUUGCAUUUACAAACAAAUUAAAGUUGGUAAUGAAAGGUAAUGAACUUGACCUCUGGAUAGCUUCUUUAGCAACAUACGACUUAAUCACAGCACAGAGUAACCGUUGAAUGUUGAUCGUUAACAAACACUGCGCAAUUUUUACAACCUCUAUUAAGCGGACACUUGGGAAGGUCCCGAAGGUGUCCGCUUAAUAGAGGUUUCACUGUUGUUAUUUACUGUUAUGUUAUUUACACAGCUGUAGGUUUAAAUUUCUUUUGGCAAAUUGGUUUAAGUUUAUUAGUGUCUAGAUUGGUCUCCAUUCCAAUACUGAAGUCAAAUUCCCUGUUCACUAGGUCAAAUCACUUAUAAAUGUAGUUUUACAUUUACUCGUCUUUUUGAUAAGCGUAGUAUGUAUUUUUCAUAGCCCAGGCUUAUUCGCGUUCCCAACGUUGUUUUUACCAUCAAGUUUUGUCGACACUUUUUACAUACAAGAAGUAAAGGCUGAAAAAAAUAAUAAAAAAAUAGAAAGACGACCAGGGAAAUUUAAAAACUCUGUAAUUGUUUGGUGCCUGGUCAGAACAAAUUAAAGAGUAUGUCGAUCUCUGUUUUUUAGAAAACAAAAUUUCCAAGUUUGAUUUAGUCCUGCUCAUGACUUUUAAAUAUACAUCUUGACAGAGAAUACGUGUAGCAAUCGAAGAAAGCGUAGAAAGAGUAACAAGUGUAGCAAGCGCCGGUAG